GGGGGUGGUGGGGGGGCCAGAGCCACAGGAUGGCUUCCCCUCUGAGGGACGAGGAGGAGGAGGAGGAGGAGAUGGUGGUGUCGGAGGAGGAAGAAGAGGAGGAAGAAGAGGGCGACGAGGAGGAGGAGGAGGUGGAGGCGGCCGACGAGGACUACGAGGAGGACGACGAGGGAAUCCUUGGGCGCGGGCCGGGCCACGACAGGGGCCGCGACCGCCACAGCCCCCCGGGCUGCCACCUCUUCCCGCCGCCGCCGCCGCCGCCCCCGCUGCCCCCGCCGCCGCCGCCCCCGCCGCCAGAUAAGGAUGAUAUUCGGCUGCUACCUUCAACAUUGGGUGUGAAGAAGAGAAAACGAGGACCCAGGAAGCAGAAGGAAAACAAGCCAGGAAAACCCCGAAAACGCAAGAAACUUGACAGUGAAGAGGAAUUUGGCUCUGAGCGAGAUGAAUACCGGGAGAAGUCUGAAAGUGGAAGCAGUGAAUAUGGAACUGGACCAGGUCGAAAACGGAGACGGAAGCACCGAGAGAAAAAGGAGAAGAAGACAAAGCGGCGGAAAAAAGGGGAGGGAGAUGUGGGGCAAAAGCAGGUCGAACAGAAGUCAUCAGCAACUCUGCUUCUGACCUGGGGACUGGAGGAUGUGGAACAUGUUUUCUCUGAGGAGGAUUACCACACGCUCACCAACUAUAAAGCCUUUAGCCAGUUCAUGAGGCCCCUAAUUGCUAAGAAGAAUCCUAAGAUCCCAAUGUCUAAGAUGAUGACUAUCCUUGGGGCCAAAUGGAGAGAGUUCAGCGCCAAUAACCCUUUCAAGGGGUCAGCAGCUGCUGUGGCAGCAGCAGCAGCAGCAGCGGCUGCAGCUGUAGCUGAGCAGGUGUCAGCUGCUGUGUCAUCAACCACCCCCAUAGCACCUUCCGGACCCCCUACCCUUCCACCACCCCCAGCUGCUGAUAUCCAGCCCCCACCCAUCCGAAGAGCCAAAACCAAAGAAGGCAAAGGUCCAGGCCAUAAGAGGAGGAGUAAGAACCCCCGAGUUCCUGAUGGCCGCAAGAAGCUUCGGGGAAAGAAAAUGGCACCACUCAAAAUCAAACUAGGGCUGUUGGGUGGCAAGAGGAAGAAGGGAGGCUCGUAUAUCUUGCAGAGUGACGAGGGCCCCGAACCAGAGGCUGAGGAAUCAGACCUGGACAGUGGCAGUGUCCACAGUGCCUCAGGCCGGCCUGAUGGCCCUGUCCGCACCAAGAAACUAAAAAGAGGCCGGCCAGGAAGGAAGAAAAAAAAGGUUCUGGCCUGUCCUGCAGUGGCCGGGGAGGAGGAGGUUGAUGGCUACGAGACGGAUCAUCAGGACUAUUGUGAGGUGUGCCAGCAGGGUGGGGAAAUUAUUCUGUGUGAUACCUGCCCUCGUGCCUACCAUCUCGUCUGCCUUGAUCCUGAGCUUGACCGGGCUCCUGAAGGCAAAUGGAGCUGCCCCCACUGUGAGAAAGAGGGGGUACAAUGGGAGGCUAAGGAGGAAGAAGAAGAAUAUGAAGAGGAGGGAGAAGAAGAAGGGGAGAAGGAGGAAGAGGAUGACCAUAUGGAGUACUGCCGUGUGUGCAAGGAUGGUGGGGAGCUUCUGUGCUGUGAUGCUUGCAUCUCUUCCUACCACAUACAUUGUCUGAACCCACCCCUGCCUGACAUCCCCAACGGUGAAUGGCUUUGUCCCCGAUGCACAUGCCCUGUGCUGAAAGGUCGUGUGCAGAAGAUCCUACAUUGGCGGUGGGGUGAACCACCCGUAGCCGUGCCUGCUAACCAACAAGCGGAUGGAAAUCCAGAUGCCCCGACACCCCGUCCUCUUCAAGGCAGAUCAGAGAGAGAAUUCUUUGUCAAGUGGGUAGGAUUAUCCUACUGGCACUGCUCCUGGGCCAAGGAACUUCAGCUGGAAAUCUUCCAUUUGGUAAUGUAUCGGAACUACCAACGGAAGAACGACAUGGAUGAACCUCCACCCCUGGACUAUGGAUCUGGUGAGGAUGAUGGGAAGAGCGACAAGCGCAAGGUGAAAGAUCCUCACUAUGCAGAGAUGGAGGAGAAGUACUAUCGUUUUGGCAUCAAGCCAGAAUGGAUGACUGUCCACCGUAUCAUCAACCACAGUGUGGAUAAAAAGGGGAAUUACCACUAUCUAGUGAAAUGGAGGGACUUGCCGUAUGAUCAGUCCACCUGGGAAGAAGAUGAGAUGAACAUCCCUGAAUAUGAAGACCAUAAACAGAGCUACUGGAGACACCGAGAAUUAAUUAUGGGGGAGGACCCUGCCCAACCCCGUAAGUAUAAGAAGAAGAAGAAGGAACUUCAGUGUGAUGGGCCUCCAACUUCUCCUACUAAUGAUCCAACAGUGAAAUACGAGACUCAGCCUCGCUUUAUCACAGCCACUGGAGGCACACUGCACAUGUACCAGCUGGAAGGGCUGAACUGGCUACGCUUCUCAUGGGCUCAGGGCACAGACACCAUUCUGGCUGAUGAGAUGGGGCUGGGCAAGACCAUACAAACCAUCGUCUUCCUCUACUCACUCUAUAAGGAGGGCCACACAAAGGGUCCUUUCCUGGUGAGUGCGCCACUCUCUACCAUCAUUAAUUGGGAACGGGAGUUCCAGAUGUGGGCACCCAAGUUCUAUGUGGUAACAUACACCGGUGACAAGGACAGUCGGGCCAUCAUUCGUGAGAAUGAGUUUUCAUUUGAGGACAAUGCCAUCAAAGGUGGCAAGAAAGCUUUUAAGAUGAAGAGGGAGGCACAGGUGAAAUUCCAUGUUCUCCUGACAUCGUAUGAACUGAUCACCAUCGAUCAGGCUGCACUUGGCUCCAUCCGCUGGGCCUGCCUCGUGGUGGAUGAGGCCCAUCGGCUCAAGAACAACCAGUCCAAGUUUUUCAGGGUUCUCAAUGGCUACAAGAUAGAUCAUAAAUUGCUGCUGACAGGAACUCCAUUACAGAAUAAUCUGGAGGAGCUCUUCCACUUACUGAACUUCCUCACCCCAGAGAGAUUUAACAACCUGGAGGGCUUCCUGGAGGAGUUUGCUGAUAUAUCCAAAGAGGACCAGAUUAAGAAACUGCAUGAUUUGCUGGGGCCACAUAUGCUACGGAGGCUUAAGGCUGAUGUCUUUAAGAAUAUGCCAGCCAAGACAGAGCUCAUAGUUCGAGUGGAGCUGAGCCCCAUGCAGAAGAAAUACUACAAAUAUAUCCUGACUCGAAAUUUUGAAGCCUUGAAUUCACGAGGCGGCGGGAACCAAGUGUCACUGCUUAACAUCAUGAUGGAUCUUAAGAAGUGCUGCAACCACCCAUACCUCUUUCCUGUGGCUGCUAUGGAGUCCCCAAAACUCCCCAGUGGGGCUUAUGAGGGUGGAGCACUUAUUAAGGCAUCUGGGAAACUUAUGCUGCUGCAGAAAAUGUUGCGGAAGCUGAAGGAGCAAGGACACAGAGUGCUCAUCUUCUCACAGAUGACCAAAAUGUUAGACUUGCUGGAAGACUUUUUAGACUACGAAGGCUACAAAUAUGAACGGAUUGAUGGUGGCAUCACUGGUGCCCUGAGGCAAGAAGCCAUUGAUAGGUUCAAUGCUCCUGGAGCCCAACAAUUCUGCUUCCUCCUAUCCACCCGAGCUGGGGGCCUGGGCAUCAACCUGGCCACUGCCGACACUGUCAUCAUUUUCGAUUCUGACUGGAACCCCCAUAAUGACAUCCAGGCCUUCAGCCGUGCUCAUCGGAUUGGUCAGGCCAACAAGGUGAUGAUUUACCGGUUUGUGACUCGUGCAUCAGUAGAAGAGCGAAUCACCCAGGUGGCCAAGAGAAAAAUGAUGCUAACACAUUUGGUGGUGCGGCCUGGGCUGGGCUCCAAGGCAGGCUCCAUGUCCAAGCAGGAGCUGGAUGACAUUCUCAAAUUUGGCACUGAGGAAUUGUUUAAGGAUGAAAAUGAGGGAGAUAAUAAGGAGGAGGAUAGCAGUGUGAUUCACUAUGACAAUGAGGCCAUCGCUCGGCUAUUGGACCGAAACCAGGAUGCAACUGAGGACACUGACGUUCAGAAUAUGAAUGAGUAUCUCAGCUCUUUCAAGGUGGCACAGUAUGUGGUGCGGGAAGAAGAUAAGAUUGAGGAAAUUGAACGAGAGAUCAUCAAGCAGGAGGAGAAUGUGGAUCCUGACUACUGGGAGAAAUUGCUUAGGCAUCAUUAUGAACAACAGCAGGAAGACCUAGCCCGGAAUCUCGGCAAAGGCAAGAGGGUUCGAAAGCAGGUUAACUAUAAUGAUGCUGCUCAGGAAGACCAAGAUAACCAGUCAGAAUACUCAGUGGGCUCCGAGGAGGAGGAUGAAGACUUCGAUGAACGUCCAGAAGGGCGUCGCCAGUCAAAGAGGCAGCUCCGGAAUGAAAAGGAUAAGCCCCUGCCUCCACUGCUGGCUCGAGUUGGGGGCAACAUUGAGGUAUUGGGAUUUAAUACGCGUCAGCGGAAGGCGUUCCUCAAUGCUGUGAUGCGCUGGGGUAUGCCACCACAGGAUGCCUUCACCACUCAGUGGCUGGUGCGGGACUUGAGGGGCAAGACCGAAAAAGAAUUCAAGGCCUAUGUGUCUUUGUUCAUGCGCCAUCUCUGUGAGCCUGGGGCAGAUGGCUCUGAAACCUUUGCAGAUGGGGUUCCUCGUGAGGGACUGAGUCGUCAGCAAGUGUUGACCCGGAUUGGAGUCAUGUCUCUUGUCAAGAAGAAGGUACAGGAGUUUGAGCACAUCAAUGGGCGCUGGUCCAUGCCUGAGUUGAUGCCUGAUCCCAGUGCAGACUCUAAGCGCUCCUCCAGAGCCUCCUCUCCUACCAAAACAUCUCCCACCACACCAGAGGCUUCUGCUGCAAAUAGUCCUUGUACCUCUAAACCUGCAACUCCGGCUCCAAGUGAGAAAGGAGAUGGCAUAAGGACACCUCUUGAGAAGGACGAAGUGGAAAACCAGGAGGAAAAUUCAGAGAAAAAUAGCAAAACUGGGGAAAAGAUGGAGACAGAGACUGAUGCCCCUAGCCCAACCCCAUCCCUUGGGGAGCGGCUGGAACCAAGGAAGACACCGCAAGAAGAUGAGGUUCCAGGGUUGCCUGGAGACAUAGAGCCUGAACUUGGGUACCAGGGGGACAGAGACAAGUCAGAAGAUAUCAAAGGGGACAGGGAGCUUCGACCUGGGCCUCCUCGUGACGAGCCACGGUCCAAUGGGAGACGGGAAGAGAAGUCAGAAAAGCCGCGGUUCAUGUUCAAUAUUGCAGAUGGUGGUUUCACAGAGCUUCAUACACUGUGGCAGAACGAAGAACGGGCAGCUAUUUCCUCGGGGAAACUUAAUGAAAUCUGGCAUCGACGACAUGAUUAUUGGCUUUUGGCUGGGAUUGUCCUCCAUGGCUAUGCACGGUGGCAAGACAUCCAGAAUGAUGCUCAGUUUGCCAUUAUCAAUGAACCAUUUAAAACUGAAGCCAAUAAAGGGAACUUUCUGGAGAUGAAAAAUAAGUUUCUGGCCCGGAGAUUCAAGCUCCUGGAGCAGGCGCUGGUGAUUGAGGAGCAGCUGCGGCGGGCGGCCUACCUGAACCUAUCACAGGAGCCGGCACACCCCGCCAUGGCCCUCCAUGCCCGCUUCGCCGAGGCCGAGUGCCUGGCCGAGAGCCACCAGCACCUCUCCAAGGAGUCGCUGGCGGGGAACAAGCCGGCCAACGCUGUCCUGCACAAGGGUAAGGGCCGCGGCGGCCCCGCGCGGGGGAGGGCCCACAACGCUGCUUCUGAACCAGCUGGAGGAGUUGCUGAGCGACAUGAAGGCAGACGUGACCCGCCUGCCAGCCACGCUGUCCCGAAUACCCCCCAUCGCAGCCCGCCUUCAGAUGUCCGAGCGCAGCAUUCUCAGCCGGCUGGCCAGCAAGGGCACGGAGCCUCACCCCACACCGGCCUUCCCCCCGGGUCCCUACGCCACACCUCCGGGGUACGGGGCAGUCUUCAGUGCCGCAUCCGUAGGGGCCCUGGCCGCCGCAGGCGCCAAUUACAGCCAGAUGCCUGCAGGGUCCUUCAUAACAGCCGCCACCAACGGCCCUCCAGUGCUGGUGAAGAAGGAGAAGGAAAUGGUGGGGGCAUUGGUGUCAGACGGGCUGGAUCGGAAGGAGCCCCGAACCGGGGAGGUGAUCUGUAUAGACGACUGACUGGAUCCCAUGCCUGCUCUUCAGCCAGGCCGCGUCCCCGAGGCCGACCCCCAGCUCAGGCUCUGACGCCUGCUGCCAAUCCUCCACCUUCCCCACCCCUUGGGCCACCACUGGGCUAGUAGCCCCUGUACCCCUCUACAACUCUUCUCUUCAAGAAGGGCCUGUUGUCUUUGUUCACUCCCCUGUACCUUUCCCACCAUGCUUUGAAGGCAGUGUCGGUGAGAAGAGGUCUGAAUAGGGAGGUGGUUAUAGCAGGGCCUUCCAAGUCCCUUUGUCCCCUGCCGCCAAACGUACACAGCUUCCUAAUAAACGGUUGUGGGGAGGAAUGAGGUGAAGCCUCCCCAGUCUUUAUUCCUGCAAUGUAAGCUUCAUCUCCUGCAGAAGUGGGGUAUUAGCCUUGCUUGGCCUUCAGAAACUUUGGUGGGGAAAAAGAACUCCGAAGAGAGAAGGGGGACUUUAGAGAGGAAUGAAGUGAGUCCUGGGAGGGGGAGGAAGGGAAGAGGAGGGGUGGCUGCAUGUUUCUUCCCCUACCUCUCCCCAAAUAGAGUGGAGCAGCUACAAGGGAGGGAGUCAAUUGCUGUUCUGCCUAAGAAUAAAGGCGCCAUUCACUGGCUGUUACCUCCUUCGUACUGGCAUCUUGUGUUGGGAAUUUCCCCCUCCCUGGGGAACAAGGAUAACCCCCCCAACCCCCAAGGAUAUUGAGUGAUAUUCCCUCAAGCCAAAGAGGAGCCCUCCCAAUCUGUCCUAGGGACUGAAAUAACCUAGAAAGAGUGGGAGGCAACAACAGGCCAAUUGUGGACUCCCCUAGUUCUGGAGCUCAGGUUCUUGGAAGACUUCUACCUUCCAUCCUGAAGGCCAGGAUAAGGACUGAAUAUGAGUGGUUCAGGCGGGGGGUGGGGGGGUGGGGGGACGGGGGGCCUAUUGGCGGGGGGAGGGGGGAGACUACCUUGUCUUUGGGACCAGAGCAAAACAGUGGAGGGCAGAUUGGAGAGAGACGGGCACACGGUCCUCUCCAGGAGGGGCCAGGAGAGUGGCAGUUUGCAUGGCGAACCCCCCACUUCCUCUUCACUGCCCCUUCACUUUCUUGCUGCCCCCUUCCUGGUCUCUUUACACCCAUUCCUGGUCUGUCCCAAUCCCCUCUUCUGUAUCAGGUUUAUUGGUUGUACAUAUAAAUUAUACUUUCCUUUC